GCCACGGACCGCAGGCACGUACCAGAGAAAAAGCCGUAAUUUUCGUGAAAAGCAACCAGAGAAACCAGAAAAAUCCAGAAACUGUUGACCAAAAGAACAAUCUUCACGGGCAAUGUCCAAGAAAAGUCUGCUGCUUGUGGUAACGUAGUGAACAAGAAUUGGCUUGGUAAGAGCGUAAAGAGAGAGCGUAGCACUCUACUAUUCAAUAACAUAGUAGCCAUAGUAGACAAAGCCUCAAAAUGCAGCCACCGCCGCGAAAGGGUAACUAUGUGAAAUUCUUGAAGAAUCUGCAUACGGAGCAGGUGGCCAAGUUGCAGCUGAAAAACCAGCAUGAGUGCGACCUGCUAGAGGACAUACGACAGUUCACCAUCAAGCGAUCGGCCAUCGAGAAGUCGUAUAGUGAGGCCCUCCUGAAGAUCUCGUCGCAGUAUCUCAACAAGAAGAUACCCAACAUUCCUGACAUCAAGAUGGAGGGCAUGGAAGAGCGUUGGAACAUGUGGAGUGUGUGGCGCACAGUUCUCGAGGAGAAUGAGAAGCUGGCCCGUGCCCGCCUGGCCGCCAUCGAGGUGUUCCAGCAGCAAAUCGCCGACGAAGCCAAGGUCCUCAGGGACUACAAAUUGGCUAUUGCCAAGAGAUCGCUUUCAGGCAUCGUCAACGUGCAGAAGGAACUCCAUUUGAGUGUGGGCGAUGUGGACAAGACAAAGAAGUCGUAUUUUGAUGAGGAGCACUGUGCCCACGAUGUGCGCGACAAAGCUCGCGACAUCGAGGAGAAGCUGAAGAAGAAAAAAGGCUCCUUUUUCCAGUCGAUCACAUCGCUGCAGAAGAACAGCGCACGGGUCACCUCGCGGAAAGAGCUGCUCGAAGAGAAGUCGAGUGGAGCUCGAAACGAUUACAUACUCAGCCUGGCCGCCGCCAAUGCUCAUCAGAAUCGUUACUUUACAGUCGAUCUGCAGACCACGAUGACCACCAUGGAGAACUAUGUGUUCGAGCGAGUGGCCGAGUACCUAAUGCUAAUGGGACGCACAGAGCUGCUGACCUGCUCGGCCACGCAGAACAGUUUCGGGAAGAUUCGCGAUCAGGCCCAGCAGCUGACGCGGGAAUACAAUCUGCAGUGCUGCUAUCUGUUCUAUCCGGUGCUUAAGCAGCAUAUCCAGUAUGAUUUUGAGGCUUGUGACAACGAUCCGGUGAGAAAGGUGACCACAGAGCAUGAUUCGGCCACGGAGACGCUCACCAAGGAGGCCAAGAACUUGGCGGGACGGGUGGUUAAGGAGAACGCCUCCAUAAGGGAGAACGCCAAGAAGCUGGCCCUCUGUCAGUCGCUGAGGGACUCGGGACAGCGAUCCGAUCCCAACGAUCCUAAUGGUCCCGAUCUGGACACCAAGAUCGAGGAGUUCCGUGAUCAGAUACGCCGCUCCGAGACCGAGAAGGCCAAGGCCGAGGCCUGUCUGCAGUGCCUGCGCGACGGCGGCAUCAAUGUGGACGAGUGGGUGCAGGAGGCAGAGAUUAUGGGCGUGCAGGAGCUAACGCGCUCGGCCAGCUCCAUAUCGAUGCGCACCGAUGCCUCGGGCCAGGGCGAGAAUCCUAGCUCAGAUUCCUUCUACGACAGCGACAAAGAGGAGGCGGCCGGCGGUGCCUCGGCGUUUGCUCAGACAAAGCCCAAGGCUGAGACGCAGCUCUCUAGGGAUCGCACAUUCAGCGACAGCGAUGAUGAGCCCGAGGAGCGUGCGGCAACUGGAUCUUCUGCAGCAGCUGCUGCUGCCGCAGCUCCUACCUCCGCAAUGGCAGCCAGUGGUAGAGCUGGAGCGUGGGACGAUCCAACCGAGGUGAAUUGGGGAGGCGAGGAGGAGGAGGACAAGGACGAACCGAUUGUACCCGAGCCCAAAGAAGCAAUCUUCAAGUGCACCGCACUCUACAGCUACACGGGGCAAAAUCCCGAUGAGCUGACAAUUGUCGAGAACGAGCAGCUCGAGGUGGUCGGCGAGGGUGACGGCGAUGGGUGGCUGCGGGCCCGCAACUAUCGGGGAGAGGAGGGCUAUGUGCCGCACAAUUAUCUGGACAUUGACCAGGAGACGGCUGGCGGCGCUUUUAAUGAUCAAACGGUGGACUCGAUGCAAUCCCCCGACCAGGUAUCGGUCAUAAUGGCCCCCCAGAAGCAGCUCAAGUCCGACGUCGAAUGGUGCAUUGCGCUCUACGACUACGAUGCCACCGCCGAGGAUGAGCUCACCUUCGAGGAGGGCGACAAGAUCAAGAUCGUCACCAAGACGGCCCACGGCGUUGACGAUGGCUGGUGGGAGGGCGAGCUAGAUGGAAAGUUUGGCAACUUUCCUUCCCUGGUCGUCGAGGAGUGCGACGAAAUGGGCGAACCGCUGAGCGAGGGCGGCGACGAAUCACCACCCCCAAUGGCAGCCCCGAACUUUGCCCUGCCCCCGGCACCAGCACUACCCCCAGAGUAUGCCCACGAGCUGGAAUUGGAGCUUACAGAGGAUAUGUUUGGCUCGCAGGAUACGGCAGAUGAAGAUAGCGGCUAUAUACCCAACGGUGCGGCUGUUCCGAGUAUGCCUCCGCCAGUACUCAUCCAAGAGCCUGGCAUGGAGGACGAUCUCAGUGAUGAUGGGCAGCCACCGCCAUCUUUGCCGCCGCCCCAGCUGCAAAAGGCUGCUGGCAAAUCAGAGCCUGGCGCUGGUGGCGCCACAGCGAACACGUUGAACUUAGGUAUGGCACAAAUAAUUGUUACCGCUGCAACCCCCAUGGUUGAAGACGGUGCCGAUAAAUCUUUCCCACCAGUAGGAGAGAGCGAAAGAGAGCAGCAGCAGCAUGUGAAGAAGCAGGACGAGUCUAAGCAGGAACAGCCGGUGGCGGAUAAAAAGCCAGAGAUAUCGCCAAAGCCAUUGGUCAAAGUAUCGCCAUCGCCACAGAAACAGCCGCCAUCCAAUGCGGCCCAGUCGUCAAUGACGGCUGCAAAAGAAGAGGACCAACAGUCCUUCUCGGAGGGCACCGACUCGGCCUCGGGCAACAAUGUCCCCAUUCUGCAGGAGGUCGAGGAUCCAUUCAACGAGAAGUCAAAAACCGACUCGGCUGGAGAUGGAAUUGGAUUUGAGGCUAACUUUGAGGCCAAUUUUGAUGCCAACUUUGAUGAUGCCUUCGCUGGAACCACAGGCGGAGGAGGUGGGGGCGGUGGGGGUGGAGGCGAACAGUCCAGCGAUUUGGAUGUGAACGGAGAGCCGGGCGAUGAAGAGGAGCAGGGUCACUGCGAGGGCGUUUCAGCAGCUGGAGCCGGAACCGGAGCUGGAGCAGCCGGAGCCGCAGCCGAAGAGGACAUUGAGGCGCCCAAGCAGGUGGUCGGCGGGCGAGCUAGCAUACCCGAGGAAUUGGACUCAAAUCAAUUGGCACACGAUCAUGAGCAUGAUAUAUACUAUAUAGACUAUAGCGACGGACAGUUGUAGAGCGGAUCCAAGCGGAACACCAACUCCAGACACAGCCACUUUGAAUGCAUAAUAGGCUCACACACAAAACCAAACACCAACCACCCACAACCAACCUACAUCCAGAUACAGACUUAGACGGACUUCAAUCUAGCAGUUUAACGAUCGGGAAACGGGAAUAAACCAAAGUCGGCAGCCUAUCCAUCAAAAUUCCAAUAGAAUCACAACAGAAACCCAAUUUGUUGCUGGUUUAUUUACGUUUCUCGAGCCACAUACAACGACACAACAGCAGGUCUUCAGAUAACUCAUAUGAAAUAUACUUAUACGAUAGAAGUUAAAGAUCCUCUUACCACCCCUCGCAUCACGUACAGCGCUCAAAUUGUGUACAUCCAUUCAAAAAUACUUCUGACUGCCUCCGGGGUUAUAGUUACACAACAACUGGGCCUUCAUUAACAAAAACAUAAAAAGAAACCACCAUACGUUAUACAUUAUAUAUAUAUAAAUAUAAACUAUAUAAAUAUAUAAUUAAUUAUUCUAGUUUGUAAAGUGUUAUACUCUCAGACACGUAUGGAAUAUAUAUAAAUAUUGUAAACGCGUUUAUGUAGCACUCAGACACAGAAACGGUCUUCGAAUAUCAGCAUCCUCAACUAAUCGAGCAAUAAUAUGUAUUGUAUAUAUAUCUAAGUCCAGUAUUUUAGCAGUCUUACGAUAAACAUUGUGCUUGAUCCGAACCGUAUUGUAUUGUAUUAGCCAAGUUAACAGCAUUAAAACCAAACAACAAACAGCCAAGAAGAGUUCUACCAAGUCAAUUCAGUUGUUCUGUUUGAUCUAACUACUCGUACACGUAGGAGUUCUGCACAACCAAAAAGGAAACAGAUCCCCAAAUAUUGUUGCAAUUGUAUGCAAAACUAUAGCCUUAUUAGCUAAAAUUGUUUUCCGUGUCUAGUGAAAUGAACUAAGUUAAUGUUUUGGAAGCCAGAAACUGUUGGUGAAACUGAAGAGAAUCUAGUGAAAUGCCUACUCAAUCAGAGACUUUGUUUGCGAAUACUCGAAUACUCAAUGCAUAACUCGAUCGGAUGACGAAUUCUUAUACACAUACAUACAUACAUACAUAUGUAUGUAUUCAACGAUACGAUAUUACCAUAACACAGUUUAAACUAAAGAAAACAAAAAAUGGGCUUGAAUAUGCCGCAAAAUGUAUUGUAAGUAAUUCCUGAGUUCAACAAAACAACCCUCUGUUCGAAACCACUAACAAAAAUAAACAAAUUUCCACUUUCAAGCAA